CCCUGCGCGUCGGUCCUUCCUGCUCUCCAACUCUUCUCUUGCUGUUGCCUCCCAGACUUCCCGCUCCCUGCACGCGCCGCCGCCGUCGUGCGAGCAGGGUCGUUGCUGUAACCUGCGGGUCGUCGUCACCCGGCAGCUCUUGUGAGCUUUUAACCAUUUGGGAUCUCCCUGUGCCCCGAGCGAGGCGUGUUCCGUUCGCGCACGCCACGUGCUCGACGAUUUGCCUCCCCGGCUCCCGAGCUGAAGCAUGCACCGGUGUUUGCGGGUUCUAGUGGCGCCACCGCGGGGGGUCGCGCUGCAGACCGGAAUGCGCGUGGCGUCGCGCUUCUCUACCGCGGGGUUCGAUCUGCCAGACUGGUUCAAGAGCCCAAAGGACCGUGGUCCCUGCGCCAGCUUGGACGGCGACGAAGACGACGAGUUUGUGCUUCCUGCCAAAUCAGACUUCUUGGAAGAACGAAGCGGCGCCGCUGCCGGCGGAGGAUCCAAACCGCUGUCGAUCCGCGCCGGCUGCACUGCACCUGCAUCGCACGAGGACGCCGAGUUCGAGGCCGACGUCGACGAGGUCAGCCGGAUCCUGAGCUCCCGGUUCGCGUCUCCUGAGGCCAUCGUGGUAGCCAUGGACUGCUGCUCCGUCAAGGUGUCAGCGCGCCUUGUUGACAAGAUCCUGCGCAGGUUCAGAAAUGACUGGGUGGCCGCAUUCGGGUUCUUCAUGUGGGCCUGCGACCAGGAAGGUUACUGCCAUUGUGCCGAUUCAUAUGACAUGAUGGUCGACAUAUUGGGCAAGUUCAAGCAGUUCGAUUUGAUGUGCGGUUUGAUCAGCCAGAUGCACGAGGUCGGGGGCUUGGUGUCACUAGCGACCAUGACCAAGGUGAUGAGGAGGCUCUGUGGGGCCAGCAGAUGGAGCGACGCCAUCGACAUGUUCUACAAAAUGGACCGGUUUGGUGUGGCAAAGGACACAAAGGCCAUGAAUGUGCUCUUGGACACAUUGUGCAAGGAGAGGAGCGUGAAGCGCGCGAGGGGUGCCUUCCAAGCGUUGAUGGGGACGAUACCUCCCGAUGAGAGUAGCUUCAACACAUUGGUCCAUGGCUGGUGCAAGGCGAGGAUGCUGAAGGAGGCUCGUGAGACGAUGAAGGAGAUGGAAGAACAUGGUUUCAGUCCUUCAGUGAUAACUUACACCAGCCUGAUUGAAGCAUACUGCAUGGAGAAAGAUUUUCAGACAGUUUACGGUGUCUUGGACGAGAUGCGCACCAAACGAUGCCCUCCAAAUAUUAUCACAUAUACAAUUGUGAUGCAUGCGCUAGGGAAGGCCGGGAGAACGCAAGAAGCUUUGGACACUUUUGGCAAGGUGAAGCAGGAAGGCUGUGCCCCAGAUGCUUCCUUCUACAAUUCUCUGAUAUAUAUACUUGGAAGAGCUGGGAGGUUGCAAGAUGCAAAUUUUGUGGUCGAAGAAAUGCGCAGAACCGGGAUAUCCCCCAACUUGACUACCUUCAACACCCUGAUUUCUGCUGCUUGUGAUCACUCUCAGGCAGAGAAUGCGUUGAAGCUGCUGGUUAAGAUGGAGGAGCAGUUAUGCAAGCCGGACAUAAAGACUUACACCCCCUUGCUGAAGCUGUGCUGCAGAAGGCAGUGGGUGAAGACACUUCUGUUCCUGAUAUGCCAUAUGUUCAGGAAAGACAUUACCCCUGAUUUCAGCACUUAUACGUUGCUGGCGACCUGGCUAUGCCGAAACGGGAGGCUUGCUCAGUCGUGCUUGUUCUUGGAGGAGAUGGUGUUGAAGGGUUUUGCUCCAAAGCAGGAGACAUUUGAUCUUGUGCUGGGCAAGCUUGAGAAGAGGAACAUGCAUUCAGCAAAGAGAAAAGUUCAGCUUCUCAGGAUGCAGGUAUCAGCUAGCAGGAGCACUGCUCCCUCUUAUUUGAGAGAGGAUCGUGAUGUUAGACAAAAUUGUGCUGUAUUGUCAAACACUUCUGAAGCUGAAUCUUGGAAUAGGUGAAAAAAAAACCAGUACCGUGCAUUGCUUGUUCAAUUUGAUUCAUACAAAAACAACUAUGAUUAUCCUGCUGUUGAUUAGUCACAAACUCCAGAGUUCCACUGCAUGAAAUUUUUCAUAUAGCGGUGAGACCCUUGAUCAAGUACACUUAAAAUGCCUCAAUAGCAGUAAAAAAGUUAAAAAUCUGUAAAAUAGGUUCAUCAC